AUGACGACGAUGAAGGAAAGUAGAGAUCGCGGAUUCCUUUUACAAAUCGCAACCGUCAACUCGAAGACGGCGAAAGAAGGGCAGAGAGCAUCAGCAAUGGCAGCUCGCAAGAGAGGAGCUUCAAAACAACCACCGCCACCCACCGAAUCACAUCCCAAAACCUCGGAAUCCACCGCUACUUCUACAGACCCACAGAUCACCCCUUCAAAACCAAGCAAAAUCAUCUUCUUCUCUUCGAUUUUCUUCCUACCUUACCUUUACCUGAUAUUUUAUCACUAUAGAAUCGAAACAGAGCUGAAGAAAUCGAUCCUUAUCAAUGCAUCACUCAGCUUCGCCGGGUUCUUUAUAACCCUAAUGAUGAUCCCAGUGGCUUCCAGAUAUGUUCUUAAACGUAAUUUAUUUGGUUACGACAUUAACAAGAAGGGUACGCCUCAAGGUCUGGUCAAAGUGCCUGAAUCCCUUGGUAUUGUUGUGGGCACCGUUUUCUUGGUGGUGGCGAUAUUAUUUCAGUAUUUCAAUUUCACAUCAGAUUCAAAUUGGCUUGUUGAGUAUAAUGCAGCUUUAGCAUCUAUCUGCUUCAUGAUUUUGCUUGGGUUUGUGGAUGAUGUUCUUGAUAUUCCUUGGAGAGUGAAACUACUAUUACCAUCAAUUGCUGCUCUCCCUUUGUUGAUGGCCUAUGCUGGACAUACAACCAUCAUGAUACCAAAACCACUUGUCCAAUAUAAUUGGAACAGAAAUCUUGGAUCUAGGAUGGAUCUAUAA